UUACAAAAUGGAUAUUUUAAAAGAUUCUUGUCAAAUUAAAACAACACGUAAAAAAGUAUUCAGUCUACGUAGCCUGCGAAAAUCUUUAAAGUUUCGGCCAAAGAUUUACAGUCUUAUUUUAAAAUUAAGGCAUAAUAUUAAGCAAAAGAUAAAGUUAAUCAAGAAAUUAAAACAAAAUAGCAUAAAGGAAACUGACAAACAACAAAUUAUUAGCACUAAUAAUUCAAAAACAGACGUAGAAGGUCAUGAAAAAUCUACACAAACAGAUAUUUUCAGUGAUAAAAGUGUGAAAAAUGUUAAUAAUAGCACGGAUCCAAAACUUAGUACCAACUCUGAAGCUAAUGGAAAGCCUGCAUCGCCAGGAUGGGCGAUAAGUGAAAAUGCAGAGAAAAGUAUAGCAGAACAAGUGAAGGAGGCGGCUCAGAGUGCAAUAGAGGAAUCUGGAAUGGUGUAUGUAGAAUCAGCGGGAAUGUACUAUGAUUAUAAAACGGGGUACUAUUACAGUCCUGAUCUCGGACUUUACUACCACACAGACACGGGCUGCUACUACUAUUACUCCAAUGACCGCAAAGAGUUUGUGUUUCACUCGUAUCCAGACAAAUCAAAAGACACAUCCACAUUGGUGGUUCCAAGAAAAGCAAAGAAACAUAAAAAGACGGCGACCACCAGUGACGUUGAUAACCUGACCGAAAGCUUAUCUCAGGAUGGGAAACCAAAGAAGAAGAGAAGAAAAGUCGCUAAAGAGAAAUCUGAUGAGACAAAAGAUAAAGAUAGUAAAGAUGAUGGAAAUAAAGAAGAUAGACCAGAGAAGAAAGAAGAGGGAACAGAAGAGAUGAAUGAAUUAGAAGAUGGUGAAUGCAGCGAAAGUGAGGGAGAAAUGUCUGACACUGGAUCGGAAGCUAGCACAUCUACGGCUAGUGAUGAUGAAUCUGUCGCAAAACAUCAUCCACCGUGCAUGCGGAUCAUAAUACGUGAGACGAACCUACCCAAGCUGAAGGUUGGCAGCCUGUACCUCAUCACCAAGGAUGGAGGCACCAUCGGCAGAGAGGGGGACCACCAUGCGCUCGUUAUAAGGGACCAUAAUGUUUCUAGAGGCCAUUUAGACAUACGAUACGACAUGGAUCGGCGCGGUUACUUUGCGACAGACGUCGGCUCCAAAAAUGGUACAAUGCUGAAUGGAGUCCGGAUGUCUGAAAGUGGUCUGAUGAGCAAGCCAAUGGAGGUAGUACACGGCAGCGUGAUUCAGUUGGGGGAGACCAAGCUGCUGUGUCACAUACACCCCGGCACAGACACCUGCGGACACUGUGAGCCGGGACUCAUACAGGAAACCGAAGAAAAAGAAAAGAAAGCAGCAUACACUCGCACAUGUAGCGUGCAGAAGCAACAUCAGUUGGAGUUGGCCAGGCUUAAGAACAAGUACGCGCCGCAACCGCUCGCUAUUGAAGAGAAGGUCUACAAUGAUAGGGCUCAGGCCAGGAGAGAGCAAAUUGGUUCGUCACUUUCAGCCGAGAAGACGCAGGCUGCUGAUAUUGAUACAUGCAUAGAAUCAGAGAACAAGGGUUUCAAGUUGCUGGAGAAGAUGGGCUGGUCGAAGGGCGAGGGGCUCGGCAAGGACAACCAGGGUGAAACUGAACCGAUUCCACUAAUAAGCAACGAAGGUAAGGCUGGCCUGGGUUCCACCGCGGGGCCUGCUCCACCCCCGAAGUCCAAGACUCUUGGCCCGGCCACGCUCCGGCUGGCCUCGAAGACAAAAAUGUUGAGGCCACCCGCGAAAGCCUUUCAACCUGAGGAUGAUGAUGAUGAUAAUUAGAGUAUAGACAAUUUGUUUGUGUUGUGGUUGUAAUGAGCAUAGAAUAAUUGUUAUUUAUUUGGUAACUUUGAAAAUAUCUGUUUAAA